AUGCCUACUGGAGGAGGCAAGUCUCUAUGCUAUCAACUACCCUCUGUUGUCACUUCAGGCUCCACAAGAGGAGUAACAAUCGUGAUAUCCCCCUUGCUCAGUCUGAUGCAGGAUCAAGUCUCGCAUCUGAACAAAUUGAAUAUCAAGGCUUACUUGUUAAACGGGGAGACUCCGAAGGAGCAACGGCAAUGGAUUCUCAGUACGCUAUCAGGCUUCUCGGCGGAGGAAGAUAUCGAAUUGUUAUACAUCACCCCGGAAAUGGUCAACAAAAGCCAGGCGAUUACGAAAAGCUUGGAUAAGCUCAAUCGCAGUCGGAAGCUUGCUCGCAUAGUGAUCGAUGAGGCGCAUUGUGUCAGUCAGUGGGGACAUGAUUUUCGCCCUGAUUAUAAAGAACUGGGAGAACUCAGGAAUCAGUUACCCGGAGUACCAAUGAUGGCGCUAACUGCGACAGCCACCGAGAACGUCAAAGUGGAUGUUAUCCACAACUUAAAGAUGGAAGGUUGUGAAGUGUUCUCUCAGAGUUUCAACAGGCCAAACUUGACGUACGAAGUACGGAUCAAAAAGAAGGGAACGGAGGUCCUGGCCAGCAUAGCCGAUACUAUAAAGACCUCCUACGCAAACAAAUCCGGCAUAGUCUAUUGCUUGUCGCGCAAGACAUGCGAAAAGGUCGCGAGCGGUCUCCGGGAUGACUAUCGCAUUAAAGCAGAACACUACCACGCCGGCAUGGAUUCAGGAGAACGUGCGAAAAUUCAACAGGCUUGGCAAGCUGGAAGGACUCACGUUAUAGUGGCGACGAUCGCGUUCGGAAUGGGCAUCGACAAACCUGAUGUGCGUUUUGUGAUCCAUCACAGCAUCCCCAAGAGUCUGGAGGGAUAUUAUCAGGAGACAGGACGGGCUGGCCGAGAUGGCAAGCGGUCUGGCUGCUACCUCUAUUACUGCUACAAGGACUCGAGUACUAUAUCUAGCAUGAUCGACAAGGGCGAGGGCAGCAAGCAACAGAAGAAUCGGCAGCGGCAGAUGCUCCACAACGUCGUACAAUACUGUGAAAACAGAAGCGACUGUAGGCGAGUACAAAUUCUUGCCUACUUCAACGAAUAUUUCCGCCGGCAAGACUGCAAUGCCUCAUGUGAUAAUUGCAAGUCCGACUCUGUCUUCGAGCUCCAUGACUUUUCACAGUACGCUGCCUCUGCAAUCAAGGUUGUUCGGCACUUCCAAAGCAUCGAAGACAAGGUUACCUUGUCGUACUGUGUGAACAUCUUCCGGGGAAGUGUGAAGAGAUUCAGGUCUCCACAACACCGGCAGGCCCCUGGCUAUGGCGACGGUUCGGACCUAGAGCUGGGUGAAGCAGAACGGUUGUUCCAUAGACUUUUGGGCGAGGGAGCUCUUGUUGAAGAGAAUGUUGUCAACGGUAGUAAAUUUGCCAUUCAAUAUAUCAAGGUGGGACGGCGUGCCGCUGACUUCGAGAGUGGGCGGUGCAAACUGAAGCUUGACGUGCGAGUCUCGCCGAAUGGAAAGGCCAAGAAGUCCAAUUCGGGAUCACGAGCUGAUGGCGGCAACAAAGAGUAUCAACCGCAAUCUACAAACGUCUCGUCCCCUGUACAAGCGGCAAACCAACGCCGCCUAUCUCGGUUCCGUUACCAAGGUGGUGCAGGCGACACCACGGAUGAUGACGCAGACAGUGAUGGGUUCGAAAGAAUCCGAAUCGCCGGCAAGCCAGCACAAGAGAAGAGGCGUACUCCUGGACCGCCAAUCACCCAAGAUCGCCGAUUUGAGCAGUUGGACCCUCUACACAAAGCGGUUGCGGAGGAUUUCAUGGUCUAUGCCAAGAACUAUUGCCAGGAUCUGGUCAUGCAGAAAGGCCUCCGCAACCAACCGUUUACUGACAGCGUCCUGCGCGAGAUGGUCAUCGUUUUCCCCAAAGAUAUGGCGGAACUUGCCACAAUUCCUGGUAUCGAUCGGGAUAAGGUGAACCGAUACGGAGGCCAGAUCCUGAAGCUCGUGCGCGACACGCAGCGCCGUUAUGCAGAGUUGAAGAAAGAGCAAGAUGACGCUGAUGGGGUGGUUCCGGAUCCCAACCACCACAACGUUAUUAACCUUACCAGCACCGAGGACGAGUUCAGCGAUGGCGGAAUCUUUACUGAUCAUCCUUCUACCUUCAAUGUGGACGAGACUUUGUCUAGUCGCUAUUUCUCUACCCAGCACACCGCUGACCUCGACUCUGACGAGGAGGAUGAGGGCCCUGGAAAGUCUAGUAGACCCCGGGCUCGGAAGCGUCAAACAACCAAACGCCCUCGCCGUCAAAAUGCCGCCCCUAGGUCCAGGGCAAAAUCGACGGGAGCCCGCAGAAAAUCCGGUGAUCGUGCUGACAACCGCUCUUCUGCCCCUCGGAAAGCGACCAAAGCGAAACCCUCAACUAGUCGAAUAGGGAUGAUGCCCAUCUAA